GCAGCACACACUACAAGGGCUGCACAGAGACCUCACACCACUACCUCUUGACUUUAUCAGACAAUACACACAGAACUAUGGUACUGCCAGCGGGCAUCUCAGCAGACACCUCUGCUCUUCUGACGUAGGAUAUCAGACACAGCAGCAGCUAUAGACUAGUUGUCGAAGACUGUUCUUAACGUUAGUGUGACUGUCAGAUACAGUGAACUAGAGAGCAGCCAUGGACACCGUCCACGCCUAUGGAGUUAGCACCACACGAUACCUCCAGACUCACUACCAAUACUAAUACUAAUCACAGUGCUCAGAUGCUAAGAUAAAGAAUAACAAUAUAAUAUGUAUAUUUCCAGGAUGAAAAUACUGCAGGUUCCGAAUGUUUUAACUAUGCUAUGAGAACGAUCUAACAGAUGAUCCCUCCAGUGCGUAUGUUGCCAGACAGAGGAGGAUUCAAUAUGUGAUACAUUAUAUAUUACUCUCUCAUGUCUACACAGCAUCCUGUUUGGCGAGCGUCCCUAUUGGUGGGUUCAAGAGACUCCUUACUAUGGCAACUCAUCAGCACCACAAAUUGGGCAGUUCCCUAUGACCUGUGAGACUAGUCCAGGAAGUCCGUUGGGUCAUGCCAUGAGUGCUGCAGGGGUUUACUGCGCUAUGAUCUCAUCACUCCUCGCCAUCCUCCUCAAGGAACACGGGGGUCACAUCAAGAACUGGUGUGUCCGCGGGACCCUGUGGGCUGUCUUCUGGUGUGUGCAGGUGUGUGUCUGUCUCUCCAGGGUUUUCAUCGCUGCCCACUUCCCUCACCAGGUUGUCGCUGGGGUCAUCACAGGAUCCUGGGACUGAACACCUCCCUCUGCAACUAGAUCCUGGACUUCCUGACGGGCCGCCCCCAGGUGGUGAGGUUAGGUAGCAACACAUCUGCCAUGCUGAUCCUCAACACUGGAGCUCCCCAGGGGUGUGUACUCAGUCCCCUCCUGUACUCCCUGUUCACCCACGACUGCAUGGCCAGGCAUGACUCCAACACCAUCAUUAAGUUUGCAGACGACACAACAGUGGUAGGCCUGAUCACCGACAAUGACGAGACAGCCUAUAGGAGGAGGUCAGAGACCUGGCCGGGUGGUGCCAGAAUAACAACCUAUCCCUCAACGUGAUCAAGACUAAGGAGAUGAUUGUGGACUACAGGAAAAGGAGGACCGAGCACGCCCCCAUUCUCAUCGACGGGGCUGUAGUGGAGCAGGUUGAGAGCUUCAAGUUCCUUGGUGUCCACAUCAACAACCAACUAGAAUGGUCCAAACACACCAAGACAGUCGUGAAGAGGAAACGACAAAGCCUAUUCCCCUCAGGAAACUAAAAGGAUUUGCAUCAUUGCCUGGUACGGCAAUUGCUCGGCCUCUGACCGCAAGGCAAUACAGAAGGUAGUGCGUACGGCCCAGUACAUCCCUUGUGCUAAACUGCUUGCCCUCCAGGACCUCUACACCAGGCGGUGUCAGAGGAAGGCCCUAAAAAUUGUCAAAGACCCCAGCCACCCAAGUCAUGUUCUCUCUACUACCACAUUGCAAGCAGUACCGGAGUGCCAAGUCUAGGACAAAAAGGCUUCUCAACAGUUUUUACCCCCAAGCCAUGAAA